GCCUGGAGCGCCAGUGUCUGGCGGAGGACCGAGGGAAGCUGACCAGCGCUCGAGUGACGGGAGGAGAAGGUAUUGUGUGGAAUAAUGCUGGAUGACGAAGGCAGGCGCGGCUCACGUAGAUUUUUUCCCCCCUUAAUUUUUUUUGAAGUGAAACGUCUUUGCUGAGGGGGCUAGCGGCGACGCCACUACAACGCACGCACUAGCGGUCGAAUGGGAAGACUGCAGGAUGGAGGCAGGGCCGGCGGGCGAGGGGCGCGGCGGGCGCUCGGCGCCAUGUUCGCGGCCGGCGUCGCGUGCCUGGGGCUGAUGACGUCACUCGCCGUCUGGCCGCUGUGCUCCGCCGGCUUCCGGCCCUGCUCGCUCGGCGACCGGCACCUGCGGAGGCUGAAGCAGAUUAGACAAGACAGCGGAUUACUUGACUAUCCGGAAGACAGCAAGUGCUGCAGCCCGUCCUCCUGGGCGGUGGACGAGUGGCGCGGGGAGCUGGGAGUGUACUUCCAGCUGCCCAGGCCCGGCAAGACGGUGAAGAAGCUGGUGCUGGAGAAGUACCUGGGCCACGGGGGCUGGGUUGCGUACACGCAGGCGCUCCUGGGUCCCGAGGACUACGCGACGAGCGGAGGAGCGGCCCCGCCGAACACGUCCACGUGUCCGCACUACGUCCGGGAGGAGUUCGGAUAUCACACUUUUCGAUUCAUCUCUAGCGGACUAUACAGACUCAAGUCUUGCAGUUCAGCCGAGCUUAACAUAAAAACAGCGUUUAAUGAAACAAGCUUGAACUGUACGCCUCAUCACAGCACUUUUAUUGGUGAAUAUUUAGAAAAUGAUACAGCCAGUGUGAUUUUCCCCUUCCAACAAGGACCGACGUUCAGGAUGGACAAGAUAUACACGCUGCUGUAUUCGAACCAGACUGUUGUAAGCCAAUGGACCGUCAGAGCCCGGAAGGAGGAUAACGACCGUUUGAUAUGCGAAGCCAAUGACAGGAGAGUACAUUACGAUCCUGUGCCCAAUAUUGAAAGAUAUGAACAAAAAUUCAAGGUGGACAACUUGAAGCCUGGGUUCUAUAUACUGGAGGUUGAGUCAAUUGGCCAGCUAACAGUUGAGCACACAACUUUAAAAGUAUGUAAAUACGUGUACGAAAUUCAAAUAAUUUUCUUUACUUUUUUUUUUCCAGAUGUUACCAACCUGCCGGCAGUUAUCAAACCACCGAAACUAUCACCGGAAGAAAAUUUAACUAUUUCAUUUGCAAUAGUUCUGUUGACAGUUGUUGCAUUUUGCAGCUUAUGUUACCUCGUUUAUUUGCUACGAAGACAUUUUAGUCAUCCUCAAGAUGGCAAAAAAUUUGAUAUCAUCAGCACGGCUCCAGCUAGACAGAAGGUUCUGCUUCUGUACGCCAGGGACUGCCCACAGUUCAAUGAUUUGAUGGCUACAUUUCGGGAACUCCUGAAAAAGAACAAUUUUGAGGUGUACGACUGCCAGGAUCCGCAGCUCGGCCGCCGGCUGCACCGCGGCCCCACCACGUGGCUGCGAGACCGCCUGGACGACUGCUCGGUGCGUUUGCUGGUGGUGUCCACCAGGUGCGCCCGCCUCAGGCAGUCGGCGCUGCUGGGCGGUGGGCAGGCCUUGUACCGGCGGCCGCACCACCUCGACCCGCUCUUCCUCUACGGCCUGCGCGGAGUCCAGGACGUGCACACCGACGUCUACACCAGGAUCUUCAGCAUCGCGUUGGAAGGAUUCACGGAAAAGGAGGACAUGCUGUCCCUAUUUUGUGGCAGCAGGAUUUACUCGCUGCCGACUCACUUGUUGGAGCUCUACAGGGACCUGAGAAGAGACCCACAAACUCCCGAAGAAACAGCGGAGCUGAGAGCAGAAGUGGAGACACUGAGAAGAAAACUCGCCAUCCUCAUCGGAUACACGAAUAAAGAGAAAGAUUACCUUUGCAAGAAAAUCUUGAUGUGUUAAAAAUAGAACAAAAAUAUGGUUUUCGGGUUA